AUGUCUGGCUCCCUUCGAGAUCGUAUUUUAACAAUAAAUCCUUCUAUUGGAAAUAUUUUAUACAAUCCAACUGCUUAUUUAUUGUACAAUAGAGAAAUUGGAAUGAGUAAAGAACGAAGAAGAUUUUUAAUUGUUAAUGUUUUUGAUUUUGUUCUUUCUACACUUCUUUGGCUACUUUCUGCUGUUACUAAACCUUAUAAACAUACAUGGAUGGAAGUAUUUUUAGAAGAAAUAAAUAUUUUUGCUACUCAUUUUCUUCACAAUUCACUUUUUGAUUUGGCAAUACUUUCAUUCCUUCGUAUGCUGAUUUUAUUGUUUGCUUAUGCUUGGAUAAAAUGUGAUCACUGGAUUCCUGUGGCGUUCACUACAACUGUUUCAACUAUUUUCAUUGGAAUUAAAAUAUUUUAUUUUUUCGAUAAAGACAAAGGUUCAAUACAACAGUAUUUGGUGAUUAUUGCCUCACUUUGUAUUGCUUGGUUCGAACUUUGGCUUAUGCCCUUUAGAGUUUUGGAUUCAGAACAUCAAAGAGACAUAGGUGUAGGAACAACUGUUAUUAAUGGAUCUGAUACGGAUAGACAACGUUUAAAUGCUCAAGAAUUAAUUAGACAGAUUGUUGCUAAUGAAGAGGAAUUCUUUCACACAGCAUUUGAAGACGACACUUCUGAUGAUAAUGAAGAACGUUGCAAAAAUAUUUCACGAAUUGGUAAAGUAUCUAGAAGAAAAUGCAAAGAAGCAAUUAUUCGAGCUCAGAAUGAAGCAGAUUCCCUUUUUGUUAAUAUAAAUUGUUGGAAAGUUUUACAAAAAGAAAAUAAAAAUGUGCCUGAAAUUCGUUAUCAUGACGCUUCAAACAGUUAUUACAUAAAAACAGUGAUAGAUCACACUGCUAGAGCUGUCUUUAAUGCUGUUUGGAGAGAAAGUCAAAAAUGGAAUAAACAAAUUUUGGAAACGAGAAUAGUUGCUGUUGUUGAUAGUACAACAGAUAUUGUUAUAACGAUUACUAAAGCUUCUGGUGGUGGCAUUUCAUCGACAUUCGGUAAAUUUAUUUUACUCAAAAAUUUAAAAGAAAAUAAAAUUUUCAGUCGUUUUAUCACCAAUACAGAUGAAACUUCUUUUGUCGGGGUUUAUGUGUCGAUUGAAUUUGCUGAAGAGGAAGAAACUGUUGGAGGAGAACAAAAAACUUCAAAAAGUGCAAAAAAUGAAGGUGGAGUUGAAAUUCGGGGUCGUAAUGGUGUAAAUAUGUUUAGAAUUUCUAAAUUGGGAGAGAAAAAUGCUUUGUUUGAAUGGUUAAUGAAUACAGAUUUGCGGAUUCCAAUCCCUCGAAUGUUGAUACGAAGGUCGAUUACAAGCUUUGUUAUGGAUUAUGCAAAAAUGCUUGUUACAUUUUUAGAUGAAAAUCCGACAGGAAUAAAAUAA